CUUAUUGAAAUCAUUAUCAACAGCCGGAGAAGAGAAAGGAUCUAACUUUUUCUUGUUUUUUUUCUCUUUAUCACCCUCUUUAAACUUCCUUUUUUGAUAUAGCGCCUUCAAGCCUCGCGUAGUAGCUGAAACCGAGGGCUUAUUUGUGAAAUUAAUUUGUAAGGGAGGUGUUUAUCGAAAGAAUAGCAGAGGCGGAACACGCCGAUGAUGGCCGGGCGGAAGCAGCACAGAGCGCACCGCCUGUUCGCGGCGCCGGCCUCCAUCUCCGACGGGGGCUACGACAUCGAAGAGUUCGAGGAGUCCGACGUCUGGGGGUGCGCCGUCGAGCCGCGCCGCGUCGCCGAGCUUCCCAAUCCGCGGGGCCAGGCGGGAGACGGCAAGCGUGGGGAUCGCCCUGGCGGAGGAAGGAGGGCGUCUUCUUCGUUGCCGGUGAACAUACCGGACUGGUCGAAGAUACUCGGGAGCCACUACGCCGGCGGAAACAGCGGCAGGAACAGGGGAUGGUGGGAGGAAGAAGGGGGCGGCGGCGGUUCGCCGGGGCCGGUGAUCCCCCCGCACGAGCUGGCGUGCCAAAGCCAGACAUCGCCGUUUUCGGUGCACGAGGGGGUCGGGCGAACCCUCAAAGGCCGCGAACUCAGCCGCGUCCGCAACGCCAUUUGGGAGAAGAUCGGCUUCCAGGACUGACAACGCCAUUCUCGCCACCACUUC